AACACGACCGACGUAAUGGGCAAUUCCACCACCACCACCGAGCCCAAAAUCGUCUCCGGCGACUGUGGUUACCUUCUCGAAGAUGUUCCUCACUUGUCUGAUUAUAUCCCUGACCUCCCUACAUAUCCGAAUCCGUUGCAAGACAAUACUGCAUAUUCAGUUGUGAAGCAGUACUUCGUUAGUGUUGAUGAUACAGUUGCCCAGAAGAUUGUUGUUCAAAAAGAUAGUCCGAGAGGAACCCAUUUCAGGCGAGCGGGGCCUCGUCAGAAGGUGUACUUUGAAUCUAAUGAAGUUGAUGCAUGUAUUGUAACGUGUGGUGGUCUAUGCCCUGGUCUAAAUACCGUGAUUAGGGAAAUUGUUUGUGGAUUAUACCACAUGUAUGGCGUCACUAGAGUUGUUGGGAUUGAAUUAGGAUACAAAGGUUUUUAUGCUCGAAACACAAUUCCUUUGACACCAAAAGUUGUAAAUGACAUCCAUAAACGUGGUGGUACCAUCCUUGGAGCAUCAAGAGGAGGACAUGAUACCUCAAAGAUUGUUGAUAGCAUUCAGGAUCGAGGCAUUAAUCAGGUAUACAUCAUCGGGGGAGAUGGAACUCAGAAAGGGGCUUCCGUGAUUUUUGAGGAGAUUAGAAGGCGUGGCCUAAAAGUUGCAGUAGCUGGAAUUCCAAAGACAAUUGAUAAUGAUAUUCCGGUUAUAGACAAAUCCUUUGGUUUUGACACUGCUGUUGAAGAGGCUCAACGAGCAAUUAAGGCAGCCCAUGUCGAAUCAGAAAGUGUUGAGAAUGGUAUUGGUCUUGUAAAGUUAAUGGGCCGGCACAGUGGGUUCAUAGCAAUGUACGCUACCCUGGCAAGCAGAGAUGUGGACUGCUGCUUGAUCCCCGAGUCACCAUUUUAUCUUGAAGGACCUGGUGGAAUGUUUGAAUAUAUUGAAAAAAGACUAAAAGAAAACGGGCACAUGGUUAUUGUAGUAGCUGAAGGUGCAGGACAAGAGUUUCUUUCUGAAAACAUCUGUUCCAUAGACAAGAAGCAAGAUGCUUCAGGGAACAAGCACCUCCAAGAUGUUGGUUUUUGGAUAUCACAGAAAAUAAAGGACCACUUCAAUAAGCACCAAAAGAUGAACAUAAAUCUCAAAUAUAUAGAUCCUACUUACAUGAUCCGUGCGAUACCAAGUAAUGCUUCUGAUAAUGAGUACUGCACACUCCUUGCUCACGGUGCCAUUCAUGGUGCAAUGGCUGGGUACACAGGUUUCACUGUUGGCCCUGUUAAUGGAAGACAUGCUUACAUACCAUUCCAUCGGAUUACCGAAAGACAGAACAAGGUAGCGAUCAUGGACAGGAUGUGGGCAAGGUGCCUGUCAUCAACCAAUCAGCCAAGCUUCUUCAGCCCAAAACAGCUCUCUGAAAAGAAGGCAGAGGAAGAACUAGGGGAGAAUUGAGGACUUAGCAAUCAAGUAAAGAAACAGACAUUAUAUAUGGACCCAAUUGUGCCAUUGUGGCACUGGAGAAUUUUGAUUUUUGAUAUCUGCUGUUUCUCCAUAGUCCAUACUUCUGGCUUCCUGAAUGUCUCUUCUCCAUCUUCUGCAUUAUUGACAGGCAUUCAUACGAUUUUUUUUGUAAAUUACACCCCGUUGCUUUGGGCAGUAUUGUAGUCCAUUGAAAUAUGGGAAGCUGUAAAAUUUCCGAGUGGUUAUGCUUGUAUACUGUAUAAUGUGCAAACGUCCUCUAAUUUUGGAAAGCAUUUCAUUGGCUUCUUGGUUUGUGCAUUUCCACCACUGAGU